AAUAGGCGGAGGCGGGGGCGUGCCGUGAGGUGUGCGGCCGCGGCGCGGGGAUCCCUUCCUCGUGCUCGGCGUUGAGCCCCAGCUGCAGCCGCCGCCGCCGCCGCCGUCACCGUCGCGGUCGUCCCUGCCCGGCCCGACCCCGGGGUGCACCCCGCAAGGCUCCUGCUGGUGUCCCUAGAGCAUGGGAGGCUGCUGAGCUUGAGUGGCGGUGUCCAGCAGGAGCUGCGUGUCUCGCCCCGUGGUAGGGAGGGCGUCCAUGGCUGCAGCCAACAAGGGCAACAAGCCCAGAGUCCGGAGUAUCCGCUUUGCGGCAGGCCACGAUGCAGAAGGCUCCCAGAGCCACGUCCACUUUGAUGAGAAGCUGCAUGACUCAGUGGUCAUGGUCACCCAGGAGGGCGACAGCAGCUUUCUGGUCAAGGUCGGCUUCCUGAAGAUCCUGCACAGGUAUGAGAUCACCUUCACUCUGCCUCCGGUGCACAAACUGAGCAAGGAUGUCCACGAGGCACCUGUCCCCAGCCUGUACCUCAAGCUCCUCAGCGUUGUGCCCACCUCUGAAGGUUACAGCGUCAAGUGUGAGUACUCAGCACACAAGGAGGGCGUGCUCAAGGAGGAGAUGCUGCUAGCCUGUGAAGGGGCCGCGGGCGCCUGCGUGCGCGUGGUGGUGCAGGCACGCGUCAUGGACCGACACCACGGCACACCCAUGCUGCUGGACGGUGUCAAGUGCGUGGGCGCCGAGCUGGAAUACGACUCCGAGCACAGCGACUGGCACGGCUUCGACUGAGGCGGGCCACGUGUCCGCCUCGGAGCCCCUCAGCCUUAAACCCCGCCUCAUCUCCCCAACAUGCUGCGUGACGGUGUGGCUUCCUCGCCCCUCCCCGGGGUGGGCGUGGGGCUGGAGUGUCCAGGGGCCUCCAAGCCGGGGCCUUGCCCGCGCCUCUCACCUCUGCCUUCAUUUGUGCCACCACCCUGCCUCUCCUGCGUCCUCCUCUCCCACUUCCUCCUCUCCGUGUGCCUCAGUCUCCUGCCGGAAGAAAUGGAUGAGCCCUCAAGGAGGCUGUCUGAGGAAGGGAGGGGGAGGGGCUGGGGUGGGCUCUACCCACUCCCCACCCCAAGCCAUAGGGGCUCCAGCCAGGGUCUGGGAGAGGACGGAGCUGGCUCUGUGACGUCGUUGCCCCAUUUCUGCUGCUGCUCUGCUUCAGCGCCUCUCACGCCCCUCCCUCUUCCCCACUGCAGUCCACGGUGAGUAGGAGGGAGGUGCAGUCCCCAACCCCUACCCCUCAGGUCUGUGUUACUUGGUUUUUAAACGACUGGUUGGGGUAGAACCCUAAAGAAAUAAAUCUUCCAGUGGAUGCUA